AGUGGGGACACCGCGGAAGGAGGCGCAGCGGCUUGUUGAGCAGCCCCCGCUGUAGCAGCACUUCAGAAUGCAUCCACUAAGUGAAGAACCCACAUCAAAAGAAGCUGCUGCUGGGGAGGGGAAUGAACAAGAGGUGAAAGACGGUGGACCGGAAGAUGCUUUCCCCCCAAAUGAGGAGAGCUUAAGAAAAGCAGAACUACAGCUUCAACUGCCAGAAGGAGAGCAAGGGGUGAACAAGGAUGUUAUUAAUAAACAGCUGAAGUUGGAAAUGGUUGGGAAUGAUUACAGCAAUGGAGAACCAGCACCACAGAGGAAAGAUGACUUUAAGACUGAUAACCAGCAACAGAACGAGAAGAAUACAAAUGGUAGUCAUAUGCCAGCAAGUGCUUCAUCCUCUGAAAAGUCAGGGUUAAACGGAGGAGCAAUGAGAAUGACCAAAAAGGUCCUGAGAGAUCUCUGCAAACAACACAAGUUAUACAUGACCCCAUGCUUGAAUGACACCCUCUAUCUCCAUUACAAAGGAUUUGAUCGUCUGGAGAACCUGGAAGAAUAUACAGGAUUGAAGUGCCUCUGGCUGGAAUGCAACGGUCUGACCAAGAUUGAGAAUCUGACUGCACAGACAGAUUUGCGUUGCCUUUAUCUGCAGCUCAAUCUGAUUCACAAAAUUGAGAACCUCGAACACCUGCAAAAGCUAGACUCUCUCAACCUCAGCAACAAUUAUGUCAAGACCAUUGAAAACCUCUCCUGUUUGAAAGUUCUGCACACACUGCAGAUUGCUCACAACAUGUUACAAACCGUCGAAGACAUACAGCACCUACAGGAAUGUCCAAGUAUUAGUGUUCUUGACCUUUCUCACAACAAGUUAGACGACCCCAAUAUCUUGGGUGUCCUAGAGACCAUGCCUGAUCUGCGUGUAUUGAACUUAAUGGGAAAUGGUGUAACUAAGAAAAUUACUAACUACAGGAGGACACUUACCAUCCGAUUGAAGCAUCUGACAUAUUUGGACGACAGGCCCGUUUUUCCAAAGGACAGAGCCUGUGCUGAAGCCUGGUCUGCCGGUGGCCGUGAGGCCGAGAAAAAAGAAAGGGAUGCCUGGGAGUCCAGAGAAAGAAAGAAAAUCCAGGACAGCGUGGAUGCUCUCGCUGCAGUUCGGCAAAGAGCUGAGGAGAAGAGGCGGCAGCAGGAGACGGAAGGACAAGUUGGAACAGCAGCUGGCCAAGGAGGAGGGGAAAUCCCAUCUUCAGACAGCAACAAUACAGGAGACAAUAGAGUGGAGACACCCUGUACUUCAGAAGAGCUGGAAACAAAGCAGAAGAUUGAGAAAUUUGUGGAGGAAACCAUGAAUGCACACGAGGAGGCUCAGAGAGCAGCAGAAAUCUCAGGAGAUCCGUUGGGAAGACCAGACGGUGGUCAUCCAGGUGGCCAUCAACAGGGAGCACAAGAGCCAAGCUUCAGCAUGGGCUCCCACAGACGAUCUACUGAAGAAGGGAUAGCAGUAGAUAAGAUUAAGACGGCUGCACCAGGGCCACAGCUUACUGACCUGGCGGAUCCAGCAGAUAUCGAACACAUUCAGUUGGAUAUACCAGAGAAGCUCUUUCUUGAUGAACUGCCUGAUUUGGAAGAUCUUGAUACCAGUGAAGCCUCAGUACAGGGGGAAAUCUUUACCAGAAAGCAAACCUCUCCUCCAAAAAUUGAAGUGAUUUCUGAAGCAAGCAAUGAUGGAGACGACGUAGUUGAAGGAGAAGCAGCUAUUUCUGGGAAUGUGGUAGCAGAAGAUGUCCCAACUUCCAUCUUCUCCAACGGAUGUAAGGCACCUGAAGUUGGUACAAAGGAAGCCCUGAGGCCCAAUGAGGCAGAUCUUCUAGCACGAGAAGAGGAAGUCUUGGAAGCCAAAAUACCCCCAAAGUACCCGCCGAGGCCCUUGAUCGAGGAGAUUAUUACAGAACCACUGGCUUCAUCCCUGCAGUCACCACCACACAGGGAGACAGCAGAGUUAUAUCUCAGUGUUGUGGGAAACAGAGAUGGUGUGUCUCUUUGCCAAGGGAGUGUUUUUGAAGCAGAUACGGAACAGAAUGUGCCAGAAAACAAGUGAAGAGACCAAGUAUAAAUCGGACCGAACAAUGAACUCAGCACAGAGAUUCCCGCAAUUGUUGAUGCUCUGUGAGAUUUUGUAAUGCUAUUUCCACAGUAACUUGGUUUGCUGGAAUUCCAUGCCAAGCAUAACCUCAAAUAGCAAGACUCAUAUGUCACCCAGUCCUGGCUAGUGAAGCUGUUCAGUUUCCAGCAAAAAGGCAUUUCCAUUAUAAGGUUACUUAGACAGAGCUGGUGUUAAUGUUUAGUUUUUCUGAGUGCAGAACAUGGAGAAUCUUCCCGUGACAUGCAGUAUGAAGGUGCAUUGCCACCAAGUCAACUAACGUAGGAAUUCAGUUCUCUGCGACCUCCUUUUAUCAUUAAAGAGCUCCAUUCGAAGUGAAGCACUUUGAGUCUCUUUGUUUUUAGUGAGGAAGCCUUUGCUUAACUCUCUCCCACUAAAUUCAAACAUGCUUUCUGGAUUGUUACUUUGCUUAUUA